AUGCAGCCCUACAGAUACUCGAGGAAGGGUUGCAUGUAUGGUGGCUGGCGGGAUGAGGGAAGGGUGGUGUUCGACUCGAUGGAAAAGCAGCGUGGAAUAGCGUGGAUUGCACGAGCGAAAUUGGAGAUCGAGUGGCGAAUGCCGGAAGAGUGGCUGUGCCACUCGGUGGUGCAAACGGGACUAUUCGAUCGGGUAGGGUGGAAAAUGGAGAAACGCAUGUGUGCCUGUACGCACAGGAGAGACCGGAAGAUUGAAGAUACUAAUCGGGGAUUCACGAAUAAUUCCCGUCGUACACGUACAGGACUGACCGAAAUCUCGACGAACAAGCCGGAAAUCGACGAGGACGAGGAGGAGGAGGGCGAGGAUCACUGGAAAGAUGCUUCUCCGAUCACGCCGAUCUGCAGCCCGGCACGGCGAUCCGGCAAACUUUAUCAUCGCGACAAACAAUCGCCGACGCGGUACAUCGACAUCGACAACGACGUGGAGAUCAUCCACGAGUUCUACCCCACUACGUCCAAGACGAUGCGCGAGGAAACGAGCAUCGUGUCUUACGGCGGCACGAUCAUCGUGGAGACGACGAGGAUACCCAGGCACACUAAAGACGUGACGACAAGGCUGGAGAAGGUGGCGCCGAAGGUGAAGUUAAAGAAGCAAUCGUCCCUGGAGCUGGACCGCGUGCCUCCCGUUCAGGAGGAACCGUCCUCCAGCGCGGAAGAGGUGUCCAGGGUCACCGCGACGACGAGGCCGGCACAAGAGGCGGAUCAGGAACGCAAAAAGAGCCUGAAGCGACACAGCAGCGUGGAAUCCGAGGGGCGAACCUCCACGUCGAGGGAGACGCUGGAGAAGUCGGACACGUCAUCGGAGAAGGGCGCCAAGAAGAAAGUCUUCGCGGAGAAAGAGGGCGGGAAAAAGCGAUCGAAAAAGUCAGGGGGGAAGAGAUCCGUCAAGACCGAAGGGAAAGUGGAGGAGGAUUCGUCGAGGCGGAAGCAGGAGGGCGAGGAAUUUCCGAGGAAAGACGAGGAGAGCUAUCGACGAUCGAGGGAGGAGAGGAAGAGCCUAAAGGAACAGGAGUGCAUCGAAAGGGUAACGGAAUUCCUGACGAGGCACAGCAUUCCGACUUAUUCCGAUAUAUGCGUUGGCCUUGAAAUGGCGGAGAUUUCCGUUCCCGAAGUCCUCCCCGCAGGCGAGCAAUUGGAGCAACGAGUCAAACGUCCGUCAGCGAUUAGCGAAGAAGGAGAAACCACGGGCCUCUCAGCGACAAUCGAAACAGCCACGAAGAGAAGGGAGAGUCUGAAGGGUCUAACCGAGAUGGAGCCGAAGGAUUCUCUGGAAGAUUCAAAGCUCGCAAAGGACGCUAAGAGACUUUCGGAGGGCAAGAAGCAGCGGCCAACUUUGGAACGAGCCGCAGAUGUUCGGCAACUCGAAACGACAGUUCCCGCAAAGCGACCGAGCUCGCUGAAAAAAAGGAGAGACUCCUUCUCCAGAGAGUCCUCGAGAGAGUCUUUGUUGGAGGAAAAAAAGGGUGUCAGGAUCCAAGAGGACGUACAGGAGAUAUUCUUCGAAGAUACGAGCGAUCAGAUGACCGACCUGCUGCCGGAGGUCCAGCUGGUGACCGCUAGGAUCAUCACGGCGGAGGAGGCGUCCGCAUUUCGUUUCGAGGAAACGGCCACUAGAGUCGAGGUCCAUUCGCCCCCGGAAAUAUACGUCGUCCCCGAGACGAUUAAAGCGAAACUGACACGGGCGCCGUCGCCGGAAGUCGUCGACGUCUCGUCGUUGCAGUUGCCUGCCUUGGCGAAAUCGACUUCCGAGAGCACUUUGGCGGAAGACAGAGCCAGCUCCGACGAGGAUCGCAAGGUGUCCGUGAGAAAUCUGAAGCCGGAGAUUCUUCUGGAUCUAUCGAAGGUCUCCGACAAUGGCGAAGGGGAGACGGGCGAGCACGGUAAAGAUCUCAAGGAGAGGCGACUCAGCAGAACCGGAAGCGAGGGCUCGAAGAGAUUAAUCAAGGAUCAGAAGGAGCAGGAGCAAUUUCCCUUUAAAAUCGGCAGCCUCGCGCAGCCAGACAGACCGGAACUCACGAUACUGCACGAAGGUUUGAUAGAAAGAUCGGGAAGUGUCGGAGAUAUUGCGAGAAGGAUUACAACGGAGGGCGCGAAGGAGGAUGAUAGUAUUUCAAGCGAGUUUCAAGCUCGACGCGAGUCCAGGAGUCCCAUCCACGUCCCGAGGGAUCUCGCGAUCCCACGCGAGGCUGCCGACGGUGGUGCGGUUCCGGCGCAGGAUCGUCGAAAAGAGGAACAAAGGGGGACAUUAUCGCGGCAAGAGGCGAAGGAGGACGAGAAGGAGCAAGCUCCUUCGCGGGAGAAACGCUCGCCGUUGUUGGAGAAAGUGAUUCGCAAGCACGAGGAGGACAGUCUGAUCUGCAAGGAGCACUCGCUCGAGUAUCAGAGUCAGACGCUCGAGAGCCAAUCGGAGCAUCUGUUUCACGAGGCGAUCACCUCGUCGUUGGAGGACCUACUGAGAACAAUCCCCGAGAGACGGACCAGCGAGAUCUACGAGGAGAGUUUCUACGACAAGAUCGAGCAAAGCUUCAAGGAAACGCAGUCCUCGCCUAAGGAGAAGCGCGAUGUGCAAACGCAGACCGGGCUGGAGUCGAAGAGCACGCAGUGCAGCCCGGAGCAGAGUGUAACGAGCCCGUGCGAGGAGCCACCGAGCAUCAGCCCCUUUCACAUCGGCCAGAGGUACUUUCAGAGCCCCAGACGGGAGGUCCAGACGCAGACUCAGGGCGAGAACAAGGCCGUGCAGUGCUCGCUGGACGAUCUCGGUGAUCUCGUGAGAGGCGACAUCGCGUUCCCGGAUCAGCCGCAGGAGUCGAAGAGCAUUCAAUGCCUACCGGAGGACAUCUCCACGAGAUCGUCCGACAGAUCGAGGUCCUCCUCCCGAGAAGACACCCUGCGCAGCCCGCGACGUGAGGUCGAGGUGCAGACCUAUCAGGAAUCCAAGGCGGUCCAAUGCAGCGACGACGAGCUGCUGCUCGAGGCUGAUCAAGCGAGCACCGAUCGUUCGGAGCACGCCCGUCAGAGUCGACCAGCCAGCUCGAUCUCCAGGAAGACCGAGAGCUCGCCCUCGUCGAGCUCGAGCUCGCCGCGUAAGUUUCCAACAGUCGUCUUCGUGGAGGGGAAGGGGGACAUGACCGUCACGCAUAAGGAGCACGAUGGCGACGUCACCUGGUCGAAACACUGGGGUCCCGAGAGACUGGUGGAGAUAUACAGAGAGCCGAAAACCAGCCUAGGGCUCAGCAUCGUCGGCGGAAAGGUCGAUCUGCACAAAGGCUUGUCCAGCAAGACGCAGAAUAUCUCUGGGAUAUUCAUAAAAAAUGUUCUACCGAACAGUCCAGCUGGUAGAACCGGUGGUCUUAAGAUCGGAGAUAGGAUAAUUGAGGUGGACGGCGUGGACCUGCGGCACAGUACGCACGAGCGUGCAGUGGAAGUUAUACAAGCCGCCGGAAAUCCUGUCAGCCUUCUCGUCCAGUCCCUCGUGAAUUUGAGCCCAGAUUCCGCCGCUGACCAAGAAAAAAGGGAUACCAAAACUCGAAGGCAGACCGUCAAGAGUCACACGUCGUCAUCUCCCGGGAUCAAUCCUGGAACGCCGACAGCCUCCUUUCGUCAUAAACCACCGCCGGUUUCGCCCGCGAGAUCCAUCACACCGGAAGUGAUACAGCCAGGAUUCGAGGACGGCGACGUUCAAGGCAUGUCGCGCGGGGAUUCCCAGAAACAAAGCUCGAAAAGUUCGGAUGGCUCGGCUCCCAGUUCGCGAAGAUCCUCCAUGAAGAAGUCAAUUCGAAAAACAGCCCCUUCGCCCCCCGUGAAUCCCAGUAUCCUUCGUGAAGUCAGCGAGGAGAGGGAGGAGCCCGCCUCGAAGCCCAAGUACUCAUCGGACGAGAGCUCGGAGGAUGAGGAGGACACGCGGAUGCUGGAGGGAAACGUCUACACGAAAAGCGGCAUCGAGAUCUCGCGGAAGAGCGCCGGAAACGUGAAGCGCACGAAGGCAGAGAUCGAGGCGGAUCCGGAGGAAGAAGACGAGUUCGGCUACACGACCAUGAAGAUACAAAAGAAGUAUCAGAAUCUCGGGCAUAAAGUGCUGAUGGUCACCCUUGAGAAGGACAGACGGGGAUUAGGCAUCUCUCUGGCGGGACAUAAGGACAGGAACCGAAUGGCGGUGUUCGUCUGCGGUCUCAAUCCGAAGGGCGCAGCUCACAAGAACGGCGGGCUUCUCAUCGGCGACGAGAUAUUGGAGGUAAACGGCUGCGUGUUGCAAGGACGAUGUCAUCUGAACGCUUCCGCUCUCAUCAAAGGCAUGGCCGGCACUCUCUUCAAAAUCAUCGUUUAUCGACGAUCGAAGGCUGUCGACGACAUCGCCGUAAAGCCGAUAGUCCAAUUUCCACCAACCUUGGAUGACGUUUACACAGAUUUCAAAAAGUACAAGGGCGUUCGUGACGUACGAGUGAAGAAGAGUCAAUAUGGCCUUGGCAUAAUGAUCAUCGAAGGAAAACAUCUGGCUGUGGGACAAGGCAUCUUUGUAUCCGAUAUUCAAGUAGGAAGUGCCGCGGAACAGGCCGGGUUACAAGUAGGCGACAUGAUCUUGGCUGUUAAUCUGGAUAGCUUAUUAGGUCGUACGUACGAUGAGGCGACGGAGUUACUGAAAAAAGCUGAGGGCGUCGUUAAACUAGUGGUUUGCAAUCCCAAUGAAAAUAAAGAGGAAAAGGAGAAAGACAAGGAUAAAGAAAAAGAUAAGGAAAAAGCUAAAACUCAGGAGCUCAAGGAGGAUACUUCAAUUUCGGCACAAAAGACCCCGCAAAAGAGCCCAUCAGCCAAAGAACCAGUGGAACCCGAAGAGAAGAAAGUUCGACAGGAUCCAAAGACCUGCACGAUAGAUGUUGGCACAGAAGUGACGAUAGAGUUUCAAAAGGAGAAGAACCAAGGAAUAGGUUUCUGCAUCACUGGUGGUUCGAACACUCCCUGUAACGGAGUGUUCAUUCUGGAUGUAUUUCCCGAUGGCGCGGCCGGGAAGGACGGUCGAUUGCAACCUGGCGAUCAGAUUCUUAGUAUAGGCAGCGAUAGCUUCACGGAUAUAGAACACGAUAAAGCUCGCGAAACAAUUCUGAAGCAGGCUCCUGGAACUAUUACAAUGACGGUGUUGCGUCACGAGAAACCAGCCGAGGAAUACGACGUCGAGAUACAGAAAAAGAGUGGCAAAGGAGCUGGUCUCUGUUUCGCCGCGUUUUGGAACAAGAAAGGUGUUUACGUGACAGAGUUGACGGCGGGUGGUCAGGCCAUUGAAACCGGCAAGAUCUGCAAGGGUGAUCGUCUCGUGUCGAUCGGUGGAUUGGACGUUCGCGACGCUUCCCUGGACGAUAUCGCCUUUCACAUGAAAAUAUCUAAUCCGCUGCAAAUGAAAUUAGCUAGGUACCAUUCCGUCAAACAAUGACAGGGUUCUGCGGGCGGAACUCUCAGCGUGUGUCCCGAUGUACGAAGAAACGUCUGCAGACACCAUGGAUUCUAGUGUGAUAUAAAUAUAGAUAAAACAGUGUCUCGAUAAUCGUAAGAGUACCUUUGUUACCAGAGCCGCGUGCAAAAUCACGUGGUUCAUUCUGUUAGUUACAUGCCAGCAUCGCCAAUCGAUCUUGCCGUUUGAGCUCGUGCGACGCGAGACGUGAGGAAGAGAGAAGUGAGAAUGAAAGAUGAAGCACGACGACUCACAAACGUACACAUCAGUUCGAGUUCAGAGCCGUCGGGGGAGAGAAUUUUUAAUAGCCAACCAGAAGGUAUACCAAAAUCGAGUGAUGAUCUUGUCGUCGUCGACGCGGGUCGACGAUCGGCCGUCGAUCGAACCCGUAAACGAUUCCGUCUGCCGAUGCUCGCGCUCGUGCAAGUAGCCGAUACGAAGUAUCUUAUAUACAUAUUAUUACGAUUAUGCAUAGCGAGAUGAUACGAUAUCGCUGGGACGAGGGAGUUCAAUAACGGCGAGGAUUUCGUCUCGUUUCGGCAUAGAAUGUCGUAGGACAGAUAAAUAGAUGUAAUAAUCGGCGAGUUCGCAAUCGAGGCUCGCGUGACGAUCGAAGGGAGAAAACCGCGGGACAUCGUCCAGAGAUCCGGUCUUUUUCUCUUUACACCGUUCUCCAUACGUAUACACAAAAA